AUGGCCUCCAAGAUCUUCGCUGUUGCUGCUCUCGCUGCCGUCGCUGCCGCCGCCCCUACCGAGGGUGGCUGGGGUGACAACAAGCCCAGCUAUGGUGGCGGCCAGGGCGGCGGAUGGGGUGACCACGGUGCCAGCACCGUGACCGUGACCGAGACCGACACCGUCACCGUCACUUCCCAAGGCUGGCAAGACGUUUCUACCGUCACUAUUACCGCCACUGAGACCGGGUGGCAAGAUGUGUCCACUGUCACUGUCACUGCCACCGAAACUGGCUGGCAAGACGUUUCUACCGUCACCGUCACUGAGACGGGGUGGGCCGAUGUAUCCACCAUCUACAACACCAUCACUGCCACUGAAACUGGCUGGGCAGAUGUUUCAACCAUCUACGAGACCGCUACCGUCACAUCCAAGGAAUGGUGCGAUGUUUCCACCAUCACCGAGACUGCCACCGUCACAACCAAAGGCUGGGAAGAUGUCUCUACCAUCACUGUGCCCACCACGGUCUACGAUACCGUCACCUACACUGCUCCCUGCGAGACGACCACCGGCUGGGAGGCCGUGACCACCACCGGCUGGAAGAACUACUAA